AUGAUCAUGCUUGAGAAUCAGAUCCCGCUCUUCAUACUUGACUGGCUGCUUGGUCUCCAGCUUGGAGACCCCAAACAGAUGGGGCGCGUGGCCAAGUUGGCGGUCCAGUUCUUCGACCCUCCGAGGUUCUGUGAUGCUUUGAUGCUGAUGCUCAGCCUCUUUGGCAAGGACGACUGCGAAAUAUUGAAGGACAACAGCGAAAGAUUGAAGUUCGACCCAUUAUGCGACCAUGGCAAGGAAGCCGGGAUUGAGAUCAGGUUGAGAGAUGACAGUAGCAGUUGGGGUGACAUCCGGUUCAAGAACGGGAUCCUCAGGAUCCCGCCCCUUAAGAUCCACAAAGGGACGAGGUCGCUCUUCCUCAACUUGAUUGCUUUCGAGGAGUCUCACUUCGAUUGUGGCAACUACAUCACCUCAUAUGUAAUCUUCAUGCACAACUUGAUCAACUCCCCCGAGGAUGUCCGGUACCUCCGCAACCUCGACUGUGGGAUCAUUGAGCACUGCCUUGAGAGCGAUGCCAAGGUGGCUAACCUCUUCUGCCGGCUUUGCCAGGAGGUGGCCCUCAACCAAAAAGACAGUUAUCUCUGGGACAUAUCUAUUGAACUGAGGGCAUACUACUUUGGAAUUUUUAACUUAAAUUCUAUGGUCCCACUUCGGAGUCAUGCUAUGCUGGGACAAGGUUCAGUCUCGUGUUCUUGUGGAGUGUCUUGA